GGCACCCGGAAGUCUGUGGUGGCCGAGGCGAUCAAGUGAACCCUGUGUGAUAACAGCUCAUCUUGGGACCCAUGUGUAUCAUCUUCUUUAAGUUUAAUCCUCGCCCUGUUUCCAAAAAUGCCUACAGGCUUAUCCUGGCAGCCAACAGGGAUGAAGCCUACCAGAGACCUGCAAAGGUAGCCGACUUCUGGGGGAUCAACAAUGAUAUCCUUAGCGGGCUUGACAUGGAGGAAGGCAAGGAAGGGGGCACUUGGCUGGGGAUAAGUACGCGGGGAAAACUGGCAGCAAUCACCAACUACCUGCAGCCACGGCAAGACCCAGAUGCUCGCAGCAGAGGUGAACUUGUGGCCCAGUUUCUGACCACAGACAUGGAUAGCCUGUCCUACCUGAAGAAGGUCUCCACAGAGGGCCACCUGUACAAUGGUUUCAACCUCCUGGCAGCUGACCUGAGCACAGAGAAGGGAGAUGUGAUUUGCUACUAUGGAAAUCGUGGGGAGCCUGAGCCUGUUGUUCUGACACCAGGCUCCUAUGGCCUAAGCAAUGCUUUGCUGGAGACACCCUGGAAGAAACUGUGCUUUGGAAAGCAGCUGUUCCAGGAGGUCGUGGAGCAGAGCCAAACUCUCUCCAAGGACGCCCUUAUUGCUCAGCUCCUAGAAGUGCUCAAUAAUGAGGAGGCGCAGCUGCCAGACCCAGCCAUUGAGGAACAGGGCCAGGACUAUGUGCGGCCCAUGCUGAACAAGUAUGCGGCUGUGUGUGUGCGCUGCCAUAACUAUGGCACCAGAACCAACACAAUCAUCCUGGUGGAUGGGGAUGGGCACGUGACCUUCAUAGAGCGUACCAUGCUGGACAAGGACCCUUCACUCUGGAAGACCAGCACCUAUGAGUUCAGGCUGCAGAGCUAAUGUGCCACUCUGAGGGAAACUUCCCCUGAUAUGCUGUAUUCCAGUGCAGGGGCCUUGUGAC